AUGUCGUUGAAUUUAAAUUCAAAAAAUAUAAAUCUGAAAUCUAGUCUUUGCCCCACCAACGGUUGUCAAGCCGUUGGGGAUGGGGCUAAGCUCUCUGACAACGAAGCCAGCGUGUUAGCUGUUUGCCAAAUCCAAGGCCGCAGCGACAUGUACUAUUACUCCACUACCUUCUCUGGGGGGCCCGGGAAAUGCCCUCCGGAUGGGGGGUCGUCGGACUGUGUGACAGACAGACCGACGCCUUAUGAUCUCAAAUCUAUUUCUUUCACCCGCUCUCCAGCAGAAGAUUACUUCAAGUCGGGAUAUCACUCUCCUCCUAUCUAUUCUCAACUCCCUCAGUCAACUGUAUGCCCAAGACCAAUCCCCCAGCGGACCGCUUCCGUUACCACACCCCCGCUUACGCCUGACUCUGGCACUGAAUCCGAAGGCCCAUCCCCAGUGCGCAUGCAAAAUGACAACGAUGCCCUCGAUUUCUUGAUGACGCUCUUCCCUAAAAAUGGGCUUGCUGCCCUCCCCUAUGCUCGCAGUGUUUCCAUCUCGGCACCGAACAUGGGUGCUUCGUUUGAUGGGGUCGUUGUUGAGUUGCCGGGCAAGCCCAAGACGUUGUACGUCGACGGUAAAAGUGCCCAGUCUGUUGCCCUUCGGGAAAGCAUCGUUGCUCUUUUGGAUCUGGCUGACGACAACCUCCAAUGUUCGGCUCUUGUCAUUGCUCUUGAGAGGUCUUCUCCUGCCCUCGGCGACAUCUUACACUCAUUGAUGUACGUCGGAGGUACUGUGGUGACCAAGCCUCCUUUCCAGGUGGACCCAGCCUUUGUGCUCGUAGGCCUCGAGAUUUAG